CUACUCGUAGUAGCUUGUCUGGGUGGAGUGGUCAAGGUUAUAAAGCUUGCCCUACUUGUAAUGAAGACACGACGUCCAUUCGAGUGAUCGGGAAGACAUCAUAUGUUGGUCAUCGAAGGUUCUUGCCAAGUAACCAUGCAAUGAGAAGGGAUACUCGAUUUGAUGGUAAAGUUGAAAGAAGACCUCCUCCAAGACGAUUUACCUGUGAAGAAAUAUUAUCACAAGUUAAUUCUCGAACCCCAAAUUCCCGGACAUCAUGAAAAUUUUGGGGGCGUGAAACGUAGAAGAGUUGCAGAAAAUUAUAAUUGGAGGAAAAAAAGUAUUUUCUACGAGUUGGAGUAUUGGAGCACGAAUAUUUUAAAACACAACAUUGAUGUCAUGCAUGUUGAGAAGAAUGUGUGUGAUAGUCUCCUAGGAACCAUCUUGGAUAAUGAUAAAUCAAAGGACACAACCAAUGCGCGCCAUGAUUUAAAGAAGAUGGGUAUUAGGGAAUCGUUGUGGAUUUAUGAAGAUGGGAAUGGGAGGCUAAUGAAACCGCAUGCUCCUUAUGUUUUGACUCGUGAGAAAAGACAACUUUUUUGUCAGUUUGUUAAAGGAAUAAAGUUUCCCGAUGGCUUCUGUUCAAAUUUAAAGAGCAAAGUUUCUCCAGAUGAGUCUAACAUUAUUGGGUUAAAAUCCCACGAUUGUCAUGUCAUUAUGCAGCGAGUACUAGCGGUUGGUGUCCGUAAAUUUCUACCUCGUGACACUGCAACAACUAUUACUCAGCUGUGUAAUUUUUUUCGACAGUUAUGCUCUAGAACUCUAAAUAUAAAAGAUAUGGAGGAUGCUCAAAAUAAUUUAAUUAUGUUAUUGUGCAAGAUGGAAUUGAUUUUUCCUCCAGCUUUUUUUGACAUAAUGAUACACUUGGUAUUGCAUUUGCCUGAAGAAGCGAUAUUGGGUGGCCCGGUCUUUAUGAGAUGGAUGUAUCCUUUUGAAAGGUACAUGAAAAAAUUGAAGAAUUAUGUGGGAAAUAAGGCACGUCCUGAAGGGUCAAUUGCAGAAGGUUAUGUUGCUGAUGAGGCAGUAACCUUUUGUUCAAUGUACUUUAAAGGGUGUGAAACAAGAUUUAAUCGGCUUGAUCGAAAUGAAGAUGCGCCUUCUGUUUGUCGCUAUCUCUCAGUUUUUAAUUCUCAAUCUCGUCCUUUAACUAGCGGACUUAUCAAGCCUCUUGAUCAUAUCAGUCGUGCAAAAGCUGAGUGGUACAUUCUUCAAAAUUCUCCUGAAAUCCAAGCUUACUUAGAUGAACAUUUGGACAAGAUCAGGCAUGAAUAUCCUAAUGGUAAUCACGAUGUCUUGCAUAGGCAAACUUUCCGUUCGUGGUUUCAUAAGAAGAUAUAUGAGUUGCACAAGCUUGGAACUUUACAAAAUGGUGAUGAGUUACUCGCUCUCGCUUCCGGGUCCGAUUACUUAGCAACAUUUUACGAAGGUUGUGUAGUGAAUGGUGUUCGGUUUAUUGCAUCAAAGCGAGACCAAAAGCGGAAGACACAAAAUAGUGGUGUUACUGUUGCUGGAACUGAAGGGUUUAAUUAUUACGGCACACUUGAAGAUGUAAUCACUAUAUCUUAUACUGGUGCAUAUACAGUGUCAUUGUUUGAAUGUAAAUGGUAUAACACUAAUCCAUUAAGAAAGAAGACAAUCACUGAAAAUAAUAUAACUAGUAUAAAUACUCGUGGAUAUUGGUAUCAAGAUGAACCGUACAUCCUUGCUAACCAGGCGAAGCAAGUUUUCUAUCUUGAAGAUCCACUCAGAGGUCGCGAUUGGAAGGUUGUUGAAGAUAUUAGCCAUCGACAAAUUUGGGACAUUACUGACAACGAAGAUGAGACUGAUGUAGAUGUUGUUAGUGAUUCUAACUCUGCCAAUUUUGUGUUGACGGUUGAUCUUGGAGAGUUGAUUAUGCAAUCGAAUGAACCUCCAGUAAUUGUUGAAUCGUCCGAUCAGUUAGUGGAUUCUGAGAUAGAGAAUAAUGAACUUGAUGAAAAUUAUGUUGCUGAAGAAGUAGAUGAUUUACUAGUUGAACAUGUGGAGGAUGAAAAUGUAAACUUAGUGAAUGAUGGAAAUGAUAGUGAUUCUUCAGUGUAACUUUUAUUUUGUAAACAUUUGUUACUAAAAUUUUUUACAAUUAAAGGACUAUUUAAUUUCUUUCGCAUUAA